AUGUAUGGUCUCUAUUCACCACACAAACUGUAGGCGGGGCCUCUGGUUGUAACUUUACCGAAUGUAUCAUGUGUUUCUCCCAAGUACUUUUAUACCGAAGAUAUAGGUUGUUGCAGAUACGUUGAUGGUGGUAGUAAGUAGUAGUAUGUGGAACAUACCCGCUCGAAGGUUUUUACAACUUCGUGAACCGUUUUGGAGCUUGUCAUGCUGCAUAUGUGUCACAGCGAAGAGAUUAAACCAGUCUGUCCGGUACAGGUACCACAGUACUGCUGCCUCAAAGCUACAAUGGAGUUACGCGAGUGGACCCAGUGACAAGCCACUGCUGGGAAAGACCAUUGGACAAUGUCUCCAGGAGAGGGUGGAGAAAACGCCCGACAAGGAAGCCGUGGUAUUUUACUCUCAGGGGUUCAGAAAAACUUUCAGUCAGCUUCUAAAUGAGGUUGAUCAGCUUGCAGCAGGAUUCAUGUCCCUUGGUCUCAAGAAGGGGGAUCGAGUGGGGAUGUGGGGGCCAAAUUCCCUCGAAUGGAUCCUGACACAGUAUGCUACUGCAAGAGCUGGAUUGAUUCUUAUUAAUAUCAACCCUGCAUACAGACCAGCUGAACUAGAGUAUACACUGAAGAAGGUUGGAAUGAAGGCGCUGGUUGCUGCCCCAGGUUACAGGGACCUAGACUACUAUGAGAUGAUGUUUGGUCUUGUUCCUGAACUGGCGACCAGUCAUCCAGGGAAUGUUUCCAGUCAUCUGUUACCUGAACUGAAGUUUCUGAUAAUGCUUGGGCAAGAGAAGUACAGGGGAGCCUUUCUAUUCUCUGAUGUCAUGGAAGCAGGAACCACUGAAAAUCGCAAGGCCAUUUUAGAUCUGCAAAAUAAGAUACAGUUUGAUGACCCUGUCAACAUUCAAUUCACAUCGGGUACAACAGGAACACCCAAGGGAGCAACACUUUCUCACCACAAUGUUGUUAACAACAGCUACUUUGUGGGUCAACGUCUGGAUUAUCACAAUAUGGAAUCCCGCAUUUGUAUGCCUGUUCCUCUGUAUCACACAUUCGGCUGUGUCUUGGGAUCCAUGCAGAUUAUUCACUAUGCGGUGACCUGCAUUUUUCCUUCAGAGUCGUUUGAACCUGAGACAUGCUUAAAAGUUGUCCAGGAUGAAAGAUGUACAGCAUUGUAUGGAGUUCCCACCAUGUUCAUUGACAUGUUGAAUCACCCAUCUUUCAACAAGUACAAUCUGUCAUCACUCUACACUGGAAUCAUGGCAGGUUCCCCUUGUCCUCGUGAAGUUAUGAAAGAUGUUAACAACAAGAUGCACAUGAAAGGUGUCACGGUGUGUUAUGGAACAACAGAAACGAGUCCUGUAACGUUUCAGACCUAUCAUUACUCCCCCGUUGAGAAGAGGAUAACAACCAUUGGGCUACCUCUAGAUCACACUGAGGCCAAGAUAGUGGAUGAAAAGUAUGAAGUGGUUCCAGUUGGUGUAUCUGGAGAAAUCUGUACUCGCGGCUUCAGCACGUUUCUUGGUUACUGGAAAGAUCAAGACAAGACUAAUGAAGUCAUUACACGUGACCGAUGGUAUCACACAGGUGAUAUUGGUGUGUUUGAUGAAGAAGGCUACUGCCGCAUUGUGGGGAGAAUAAAAGACUUGAUUAUUCGCGGCGGAGUAAACAUCUCCCCAAAGGAGAUUGAAGAACUCCUCUACAAGUAUCCAAAAGUUGUGGAUGUUCAGGUAAUUGGUGUGCCUGAUGCCAGAACUGGUGAGGAGGUGUGUGCCUGGAUUAAGCUCAAAGAUAAUACCACUGCUACAGAAGAUGAGAUUAAAGAUUACUGUAAACAAAAUUUGGCUCGAUUCAAAGUUCCUCGGUACAUCCUGUUUAUGGAUGAAUUUCCUCUCACUGUUAGUGGCAAGGUUCAGAAAUUCAUAAUGAGGGAGCAGACAACAAAAAUUCUCAACCUGGAGCACAUACAUCCUCACUGAUCCACUUUGACUAUGCAGGAUGCUACAAUUUGAAGGGACCACCUCGCAGAAUUUAACAUACUUUAAUAAUGCAAAAGAUGAACAAAAUUACACCUUAAUAAAUGUUCAUUUUUCACUUUUAAAGGGACUACCAAGAGUUAGUAGCCAUUUUAAAAGGUUUUUGUUAAAUUAAUUAUUUUUACAUUAAUAAAAUUACAAUUUACGUACAUUUUCUUGCCUUAGAAUACGAAUAUCUCAAUAAGCAAUGAAUUUCUAGACAUCAUAAUGUUUUGUAAAAUUAGUUUUUGUAUUGAAAAUGUUCUCCCUUUAUGACACACACAUUUUAGCAAUACAUUUGAUUUGGGCUGUUCAAGACAUGGUCACAUUAUAAGAUGCUGUGUUGGUGAUACUCAGAUUAUCAUGGAUCACAUCCUCCCCCUCAAAUAUUAUGUGCAGACGUGAAUCCUAGUAAAGAAAUAAAUAAUUGCAAUGUUAUGGUAUUGGUAAUUUGUACAUUUAACCCACCACUAAGUCAAGGGAGAUAAUUAAUGAUAGAUGUAUUGUAAAAGGAAACUCGACAUGCUCAUGUAAUAUAUUUUUGCUUCCCAAAAUUUGAAAUAUGUCUUUUGAGAGAUCAUGUCCUCCAAUCCACAUAGAUCAUCUUACAAAAAAUCUUAAUAUGAUUCUUUUUAUUCAUAUUUUUAUAAUUGGAAAUAUACUUGUUGUCAGUUCUUAUAAUUAAUGUCAUUCGCAUAAUUUAACCAAAUACAUAUUUUAAUUAUUUUAUUAGACUUGAAUAUGUUUAUAGUAUUGUUUGUAUAAACUUACUGAGAAAUGUGUGGCACAGGAAGGCAACGUUUCAUUGAUAAAUAGCUGAACCAAGUGACAACCACAUGACAUCAUUUUGCUUAAUUCAGAAGAAUACGUAGUGUUAGGGUUGGGGCCCUAAAUCACUACAAUACAUAGCAUAUAUAUUAGUAGCAACAUAUACAGGUAAUUACAUAGACAUAUCUAGCAUGAAAAAAUAUUCUUUAAACUCCUCUAGGGCACUGACCUAAAUUAAAAAGAAAGAUGGAGAAGAAAAAAAAAAAAGAAAAAAAGAAAUAAGGAACGAAAGAAGGAACAGAGUUACUUUGUGCAUAAUUGGGCAUAUAUGACAGUAUAUUCAUAGAGAUACCCACAUACAUAAAUGCAUACACAUAUAUAUUCUCAGAUGUACCCACAUCUACCAGAAAUAUAUACAAAAGAGAUGAAAUUAAAAGUAUUAUAUUUGUUCUAAAAUGUAGUCUGAAUUUUGUUUUCAAACAAGCUGUUUCCAUGUCUAGAUUAUUUUUAAGUCUCAAUAAAAUAGUGUUUGCCACGUUGCCCAUUCAUUAUUAAAUACAUCAUAUUUACAAGUUUUUAAAAGAAUAUACCUUUCCAUUUCAAAUUUAUGUUGCAUUAUGCCGUGCACAGCGUUAAUGCUUAAACAUUUCUUCCUCGGUCUUAGAUGUGUAGUCAUGUGACCAAGCAAUAACGUCAUGUUGUGGAAGCAAUGUCAUAGUCGCUCCCAGCAGUCUUAGCUCUGUGUGUUCCUGCGAGCAGACACACUUGGCAAUGUCAAAAGAAUUAUAGGCUGGUAAACACUUGUUGUAGAAGACAAAAUGGAGGAUUUACAUAAUUGUUUUCCCCGAGACCAGUUGUUUAUAAUAGAGCAUGUCUCAUUUAGUUAUGUUGGAAGUAAUUCUGUCCAAUUUGUGUUAACUGAUGUGCAGUGUAAUAAAUAGACCACUACACUCGUUCCAGAAAGAGGCCAUUACAACUCAUUUGUUUUCGAUCGUACAUUGCUCGUGAUGUACGAUUGGAAACACACAAAUUGUAGGCCUAAUAUAAAUGGUCUCUGAUGAGAACUUGUUUAGUAUUCUCUAUGUACCAACAAAGUCUUCACAGGACAAACGUGUUUGUUGUGAUGAGGUGUGACUAUAUGGUCUAAAUGUGGUUUCUGUUUUCUGUUGUCACCUGUCUAUUGUUUUAUAUAGACAGUUUAUGUGAAUAAUUAGUGAGUUUGUUAGCUAUUUUUAAAUCUCUAUAAGCAGUUUUGAUAGCAGUACUUUUAUUAUUAUCAUUAUCGUCAUGUGAUGAUGGUGAUUAUUAUAUUGUUGUUGUUGUUAUUACUAUUACAUUUAUUAUGAUUACAUUUAUACAGUACUUAAUAAAGAAAAUGGAAAAUGCAAA